CUCUCUACUUUGUUUGUUUCAUUCUUUCCCUUCGUCUAAGUUCUGGUAUGCCUGAAGGUAUUGGGCAGUUCUGUCCGAAGGGAAGGAAGGAAAGAAGUGCUACAGAGCUAAUGGUGUCGACCUCAUUGGGUCUCUCAGGCUUAUUCGAGAUUCAAGUUUCCGCCAUGAAUGAUGUUGAUGACAUCUUCUUCUCCAGUCACUCUUCUUAUUCUUUCUCGACCGCUACUGCAACUUUCGUUGGAACUGAUUAUCCCGAGCCCAAGUCCGUCGCUCACAUGAACAGCGCCGCUUGAUCAAAGCCCAUAACCUCUCCCUAUUCGUGCGACGAAGAUUAUGCAUGAUCCCUUUUCUUCCCUUAUUUUCUCCUCUCUAUCUGCUUCACUUCCCUUCUUCAGACCCCCUCAUAUAUUCUGAUUGUAUAAAUACUCUCCCGUAAACUGUAAUGGAAUUGAAUCUGGAGGGAAUUCUCGAUACUAGUUUAUCGUACUAAUGGUGUCCUCAACGUAGCCGAUCUUUUCUGAUCUGAUGUCAGCGACAACUGCCACGAUAACCAUGACGGCAGCUACCACCAGUUGUUUUCCGGUCUCCACCGUUGUGGAUUUCUUUAGCAGUUGGAGCAAUCUGCGAACUUCUUUAAUCAGGUAUGAUCGUCGUUGGAAUGGGAAGGAGACGCACAGGUGCCUUUCCCCUUUGACUGCUUCUGCUGAUGCCUCUCCUACUACACUUUUUAGCAGUCAGGCCAGGGAUUCCCAUUUUUACCAGGAGGUUCUUAAAGCUGCCAGGGAAAAAUUCACCCAAGAAAUCUCCUUUCAGUCGAAGGACAAAGAGGUUUCUCUUGCUAAGGCUUUGCUAUAUGUUGCGGCUGAGGAUGAAACCUUUAUGGCUUUCAAUCAAGACAUGGAUGCUCGCUCCCUAAUGAAUGAAAGGAGAGAUUCUUCAGUCUCUAUUCAGGCACAAGAGUGGGAUUCCUUGGAAGCUUUUCUGUUGGCUGGAAGGAGCAUAUCUGAGUGGUUGAGUGAGUUGGAUGCUAUUGCCAAACAAGUGGAAGCAGAGUUGGUUUCGAGAGACAUAGGUUGCCAUUUGGUGGAAGUGUUGAAGGCUGUAAAUGUAGUUCUUUUCGAAUCACGUGGCUUCAAAAGGUUUCAUGUACUCUUAGACUCAAAGCUUUCAUACUUGCAUGCGGUGCUAAAAUCUGGCUGUGGCAGUGCAAUUUUGCUUAGCAUCAUUUAUAUUGAAGUUUGUAGAAGACUUGGGGUGAAGAUUGUUGGUUCACGAGUUGGGGAGGAAUUUCUGAUUUGGCCUCAAACUGGGAACCCUGAGGAGCUUUUCAAAGUCUCUGCGGGACACAGCUUGUUUGCCAUUGUUAAUGGAAGUUGUGUGGAGGAUCCUAGAUCGAAGGCUUCUGACUUGAAUAGCAGUUCACUUUCAGGACUUGGCAUUGCAACCAACAGAGACAUCAUUGGAAUUUCUUUGGCUAAUCUGAUUAGGCUUCACUGGAAACGUGCUUCGAGGAUGAGCUAUGGAUUGAUGCUGACCUCUCCACUUAGGCCUGUUUAUGACAAAAAUGGAAAAUCAGGAAAACUUGAUGAUUCAAAGGCUCCUUUGUUGCGGCCUCAAGAUUUGAGGUUGGCUAUCAUGGCUUCAGAAAGAUUGUUGAUUCUGCAGCCACAUAAUUGGGCCCUCCGGAGAGACCAUGGCAUGCUUUUGUAUUACGACAGGAAGUAUGGAGAGGCAGUCCAAGAGCUUAGCAUCUGCAUGGCCUUUGCACCUAUAGAGGAAGCUGAAGUUCUGGAGCCAUUUGUUGAGAAAUUGCAUUUAUUGCGGCUAGAGUCAUCAUGGAAGUCCUUGGGGCAUACUGGCCGACUGGCAAUUCCUUGACAUCCUUGUAUAAAACCUGCUCUUAAUUUUUUUUGGUUUUAUUUUAUUGCAAAAGUAUCUCUGGACAAGGCAUGCCUAGAGACUUUUCUGGAUGAUCAUGACUAACUUUGCCAUGAAGAAAGGUUAUUUGCAAAUUCUGAUGGUUGGAUUUGUAGAGAAUGGUUUGGAUUGGUCACGUGUAAAAUUUCAGGCCCAAAUUCACUGAUUUACCCUCCCUUGUAAUGAGAUGUCUU